UACAGAAACGAGCUGUACCCUGCACUCGUCAGGGGUUCUCCAAACGGAGCUCUUCUUCCAUAUCCUCCCUCAGCUUUACGGUCGUCUGGGAACGUCGUGACAUUCUGCAUGCAUUCCUCAGGUAGUACUGGCUUCCCAAAACCUAUUCCAAUCUCUAAUGUGACUGUUAUUCACUAG